CUGUCAGUAGGACAAGCCAAAUUUUUCGUUUCUGAUUCGUAUCGCGAUGUGUUUCCUUGUUGAUUAACGCAAAUUUAGUAAAAUUGGCUACAAUAUAAGUAUUUUAGUGGACAAAUAGUGACAGUUUUACAAGUUUUCCAUACAAAAUUUUUCCCUGAUAGAUCAUAGUUUAUUCCUGUCGCAAUGGCAGAUCCGUUGAGUUUGUUACGGCAGUAUAAUAUCAACAAGAAAGAAAUCAUUGAGCGCGAUGGACAAAUUAUUUUUGGCGAGUUUUCUUGGCCAAAAAAUGUCAAAACAAACUACCUUAAAUACGGUUCCGGUAAAAAAGGAGCUCCAAAAGAAUACUACACUCUCGAGUGUUUGUUAUAUAUUCUGAAAAAUGUUUCUCUUCAACACUCGGUUUAUGUGCGGCAAGCAGCUGCCGAAGACAUUCCCGCCGUAAAUCGUCCCGAUAGAAAGGAAUUGUUGCAGUAUCUAAAUGGCGAAACCAGCACAUGUGCCAGUAUCGAUAAGAGUGCUCCAUUGGAAAUUCCAACUCAGAUCAAGCGACCGGCCGAAUCCGAUUCAUUGGAUACAUUGGCCAAGAAAGCUCGCUAUGAGGAUACGCAAGUGCAGAAGGUUAAGGAACAGCUUGCCGCUCGUCUCGAUGUUAACAAGAAGGAAGCCUCCGUCAAUAUUGACAACAUAAAGUCUCUUUCAGAGACUAUGUCUGUGGAAAAAAUUGCUGCCAUUAAAGCGAAACGUUUGGCUAAUAAAAAAGUUACCAUCAAAAGAACAGAUAACGACGAUACAAUGGGUGUUGGUCCGGAUCUGAGAGCUAUUUUAGACUUUGACGUAGAUUCUACUAAAGACAUUAUCAGCAGGGAGCGUCAAUGGCGAACUCGAACCACUAUCCUUCAGAGUAACGGAAAGAUUUUUGCGAAGAAUAUUCUGGCUAUACUACAGGGAAUCAAAAAUCGCGAGGAAGGUCGUGGGCGUCCUCAAGCGCCAGUAAUAAAACUUCCUGAGCCACCACGAGUAAUUCGGCCGCAACCACAGCCAGCGCAGUACAAUCGUUACGAUCAGGAGCGAUUCAAUCGUCAAAAGGAAGAAACCGAAGGAUUCAAGAUCGACACCAUGGGUACCUAUCACGGAAUGUCAUUGAAGUCUGUGACAGAGGGUUCCGCUGCACAGAAGAAAGCCCAGCAGCAGAUUAUGAACAAUAAUGUUCUGUCUGCUAAUCUUCCUCCUGGGCGACCAAAAGAUUUAAUUCCAACUGCCCAAGCCCGAUUGCUACCACAAAAUGCUUCCAACAAAAGACAAAGCAGAACUCCCAUUAUUAUUAUACCAGCGGCCACGACCAGUUUGAUCACAAUGUACAAUGCCAGGGAUGUUCUACAAGAUUUGAAGUUUAUCACAACUGAGGAAAAGAAGUCCAAGGGUGGCGUACGAGACAAUGAAGUUUUGAUUCAGCGUCAAAAAGCAGGCGGUCUCACUGUGCCCUACCGCGUUAUCGAUAAUCCAAUCAAGUUGAGUGCGCAAGAUUGGAAUCGGGUUGUUGCAGUUUUUGUAAUGGGCCCUGCAUGGCAGUUUAAGGGUUGGCCUUGGGAUGGCAAUCCUGUCGAAAUUUUUUCCAAAAUCGCCGCCUUCCAUCUACGUUACGACGAAAUGAAACUGGAUGCGAACGUUGCUCGAUGGGCCGUCACAGUACUGAAUGUUUCACGAACCAAGCGACAUUUAGACAAAGCCAGUCUGAUGGUGUUCUGGGAGAAGUUGGAUCUGUACAUGACCAAGUAUAAACCGGAUCUGCGCUUUUAAGGUCGAUGGAAUUAUUUAGUUUUUCACAAUUGUAACCGUCUUCAUUAUAGAGCUUCAACACAAUGAAUAAUUUUUACUACAAUAGAUAAAAAAUAGGUCUGUCCGAUAUGAAAAAAAAACAAACGAAUGCUUGAUCAUUUCUAAUUAAGUUUUCUUCUAAAUUGAAUAACCUUCUCUUCUAAAUAAUUUCGUGGUUAUAGUGUACACUUUCAG